AUGGCAACUAUCCAAAUUCGCGAAGCGACACAACAACUUGUUAAGAGACAGAACUGGGCAGCUCGUGAGCCUGGUGUCAUUGUUGUAUUCGCCAUUGUCUUCAUCGUAGCAUCUGGUCUUAUCGGUCUUCAAAUAUCUCGAUGGAUCGCUCGCUAUAAAGAAAAGCAAGCAGCAAAGCGUUCCACUGUCUGA